CACGAAUAGAGGUGCGAAAUGGGCACGGACGGAUCUCGUGGGUUUGCUGCUCUGUUCGUAGCCGCUCUGUGCAUUCGCAUCGCUCUGGUCUUUUAUGGCCUAUACCAGGACCGCUCCAUGCAGGUCAAGUACACCGAUGUGGAUUAUCAAGUCUUCACUGACGCCGCCAGAUUUGUCACUCAGGGGGCCUCUCCAUACAGAAGAGCAACCUAUCGUUACACACCACUGCUAGCAUGGAUGCUGCUGCCCAAUAUUUACCUCAUGGAAGAGUAUGGGAAAUUUGUUUUCAUUAUAUGUGAUGUCCUUGCAGCUCAGCUGAUGCACAAGAUCCUAUGCCUCCAAGGACUAGACAGCCAGAGUGCAUGCUGGUACUGUAGCCUAUGGCUCUUCAACCCGCUGCCAAUGACUGUGUCAAGUAGAGGGAAUGCAGAAUCUGUUCUAGCAGUGCUGGUCUUAAGUACUUUGCUGUACCUAAAGCGCAAGCAGCUUGUGAAGGCUGCACUAUUCUAUGGACUUUCUGUACAUUUGAAGAUUUAUCCGGGGACCUAUAUAUUUCCCAUAAUCCUAUCACUUCAGACUAAUCAACAAACAACAGAGAAUGAUACCUCAACUAUCAGAAAUAAACAGUAUCUUAUAAAAGGCAUAGGUCUUCUCAGUCAUAUGAAACAUUGGCCAGUGUUUAUUGUCAGAUUGUUUAACAAGGAGGUGCUACUGUUCAUUGUUGUUGCUGGCUUAGAAUUUCUUAUCCUGGGAAUACUCUUCUAUCACAGCUACGGUUGGGAAUUUCUGGAACACACAUAUCUUUACCAUUUAACACGAAGAGACAUUCGCCACAACUUCUCCCCAUACUUUUACAUGUUGUAUUUGACUGCAGAGAGCGAGUGGAGCUCAGUUCUGGGACUGAUUGCCUUCUUGCCACAAUUCCUGCUGCUUAUCAUCACAUCCUUUGCUUAUUAUAAGGAUCUUACAUUUUGCUGCUUCCUUCACACUGCCAUUUUUGUCACUCUCAAUAAAGUGUGUACUUCACAGUACUUCCUGUGGUACUUGUGUCUUUUACCAAUGGUUCUUCCACAUCUUACACUCACCUGGAGAAAAGGCAUUAUGCUCCUGGCAUUGUGGUUCACUGGACAGGCAUUAUGGCUCAUCCCUGCAUAUUACCUGGAAUUUGAAGGACAGAACACAUAUUUACUUAUCUGGGUAGCUGGUCUGCUAUUCCUUUACAUCAAUUGCUUCAUUCUCAUGGUACUAAUCUCAAACUACAAGAAAAGGGAUUUGCAAUCAAAAACAAGAACAGAAUAACAGCAGGAAAUAAAUUUUAAAAUCUAUCUUGGGACUAGAUUUCCUAUGCUAAUCAUGCUAUAGUUUCACUCCAGACCUCAAAGAUAAUAGAAAUCUGAUUUAUUUUUCUAUUAUCACAGCCUUGUAAUAUGUUGCAAGAAAUCAAGAUAGUUAGCAGAAAAAGCAAGCAUUGAUAAACAGAAGCCAUUUAUUUGUAAUCUAGGAUGCAAAAAAUACAACAGUACCUUAUUACAUAUAAAUUUGUUAUUCUAACUGCAACUUAAUAUGUAAUGUCUUCAUUAUCUGUUAUGAUAUGUAAAAAUUAGAGUAUUAAUCUUUUUCUUUAAGUUCCUGCUAUCCUCCCUUGUUGAGUCAAAUGUAGAAUAUAGCAGAGAAAGUCUGUUUGGCUCCUCUUAAUAUCCCUACCUGAAACGUUCUCCCUUACAUUUCCGAUAUCAAGGCGUUCCUAUAAUUUCAUCGAUGCUGUUAUAAGUUUAACUUAUUAAAAUUGUUGUUUUGUGUUGUGUGGAAAUGACUAUUGCAUUGCUUCAUCAAAAUCAAAACUACAUAUGGAAGUGUGGUUUAUGUGUUUCCAUUUGUAAUAAAAUUCUAUUUGUAUUGAGA